AUGAGUGGUACUGGUAAAUUACCUGAAUUAGCAUCAGACGCAGUUUUAAAACAAUCAAUACCUGUUCCAGAUGAUUUUGUUGAAGUUUCAGGUAUGGAUUAUUCUAAAAAUGAAGCUUAUAAUUCAACUGCAAAACAUUUAAUUUCUUCCAUGAAAAAUAUGGGGUUUCAAGCUAGUUCAUUAAGUCAAGCAUGUAAUAUAAUAGAUGAUAUGAGAUCAUGGAGGGGUAAACAUGAAUCAGAAUUAGAAGAUCAUGAAAAAAAUGGUGAAUUUGAUGAUGAAGGAUAUCAAAAAACAACAAUUUUCAUGGGUUAUACUUCAAAUUUAAUAAGUUCAGGUUUAAGAGAUACUUUAAGAUAUCUUGUACAACAUAAAAUGGUAUCUGCCAUAGUUGCAACUGCAGGUGGUAUUGAAGAAGAUUUAAUAAAAUGUUUAGCCCCAACAUAUAUGGGAGAUUUUGCAUUACCAGGUAAAGGUUUAAGAGAUCAAGGUAUGAAUCGUAUUGGUAAUUUAUUAGUUCCAAAUGAUAACUAUUGUAAGUUUGAAGAAUGGAUAGUGCCGAUAUUAGAUAAAGUAUUGGAAGAACAACAAGAGUCAUUGAAGGACAAUGGAAAAGAUAGCUUAGAUUUGGAAUCAGAUACUGUUUUAACACCAAGUAAAUUAAUUGAUAGAUUAGGUAAAGAAAUUAAUGAUGAAACUUCAGUUCUAUAUUGGGCUCAUAAGAAUAAAAUUCCAAUUUUUUGCCCCGCUUUAACUGAUGGAUCAAUUGGUGAUAUGCUAUUUUUCCAUACAUUUAAAUCAAGUCCACAUGCAUUGAAAUUAGAUAUUGUUGCAGAUAUAAGAAGAAUAAAUUCAAUGUCUAUGGCUGCUUAUAAAGCAGGUAUGUUGAUAUUAGGUGGUGGUUUAAUUAAACAUCAUAUCUGUAAUGCUUGUUUAAUGAGAAAUGGUGCAGAUUAUGCUGUUUUUAUAAAUACAGGUCAAGAAUUUGAUGGUUCUGAUGCUGGAGCAAGACCUGAUGAAGCUAUAAGUUGGGGUAAAAUUAAAAGUGAUGCUAAAUCAGUUAAAGUUUAUGCAGAUGUAAGUUUAGUAUUACCAUUAAUUGUUGCAGCUACAUUUGCAUCUGAAAAACCAAUAAAUAUAUAG